AUGGGAGGCUUCCCGGGCUUCAAGAUGGGGCCGCAGCAGAAGGGGGAGGCGCUGAAGGAAUACAGCGUGGACCUCACACAAAUGGCGAAGGAUGGAAAGCUGGACCCUACUAUUGGACGUGACGAAGAAAUUCGGCGAACCAUCCAAAUUCUAUCUCGGAGAACGAAGUCUAAUCCAGUGCUCAUCGGACCUCCUGGUGUGGGCAAGACAGCCAUCCUGGAGGGCCUCGCAAGCCGCAUCGUCGCAAAGGAGGUCCCCGAGUCGCUGCAGGGCAAGCGCGUCCUGUCCAUCGACCUCUCGGCCAUCAUGGCUGGUUCCGGCAUCCGCGGCCAGUUUGAAGAGAAGUUCAAGGCUUUGAUCAAGGACAUUGAGGACGAGGCGCGCAAUGUCAUCUGCUUUAUUGACGAAGUGCACACACUCUUUCAACUGGGCAAGGCGGAAGGCAGCAUCGACGCAGGCCAGAUGAUCAAGCCUGCACUUGCGCGCGGACUGCAGCUCGUCGGCGCGACUACCCCCGACGAGUACCGCAAGACCAUUGGCAAAGACGCCGCCCUCGAGCGCCGCUUCCAACCCGUUACCAUCGACGAGCCCUCCGUCGAGUCUACCAUUUCUAUCCUGCGCGGCCUCAAGCCCCGCUACGAAGUCCAUCACGGAGUCGAGAUCUCGGAUGCCGCCCUUGUCACCGCCGCCGUCUACUCCGCCCGCUACAUUUCCGACCGCUACCUCCCUGACAAAGCCAUCGACCUUGUUGACGAGGCCGCAAGCUCGCUGCGCCUUGCGCAGGAGAGCAAGCCCGAUGCCCUCGAGGCGCUUGACCGGCAGAUCGUCACGCUGCAGAUCGAGUUGGAGAGCUUGAAGAACGAGUCGGAUGUGUUCAGUGCGGAAAGAAGGCUGAAGGUCGAGGCGGAGCUGAAGGAGAAGAAGGCGGAGGCGGAGCGGUUGACGGAUAUCUGGCAGCGGGAGCGCGCCAGAUUGGAGCGCAUCAAGGGCUUGAAGGAGCAGCUUGAAGAUGCGAAGUACCAGCUCGAGGUCGCGCAGCGGCAGGGAGAGUUCGAGAAGGCAUCUCGCCUGCGCUACGUUACCAUCCCCGAGUUGGAGAAGCAGCUUCCGAGGGAAGAGGAGGCUGCGAAGUCUUCGGCGACGGAGAGCGAGGAAGGCUUCGAGAUGUUGCACGACCGCGUCACCUCCAAUGAUAUCGCUCGUGUCGUCGCGAAGGCCACUGGUAUCCCAGUGCAGAAUCUCCUCAAGGGCGAGAGGGAUAAGCUUGUCCAUAUGGAGGAUGCACUUCGGCAGCGUGUCGUUGGUCAAGACCACGUCGUUCGCGCUAUCUCAGACGCUGUGCGCAUCAGUCGCGCAGGUCUCGCACCACCGAACCGGCCCGUCGCAUCGUUCCUCUUCCUCGGCCCUACCGGUGUUGGCAAGACUGAGCUCUGCAAGGCUCUUGCCGGCUUCCUCUUCAACGACGAGUCCCGCGGCCUGAUCAACAUCAACAUGUCCGAGUACCACGACCGACACACCAUCUCUCGCCUCAUCGGCGCCGCGCCCGGUUACGUCGGCUUCGAGGAGGGCGGCCAGCUCACCGAAGCCGUCCGCCGCAAGCCCUACGCCGUCGUCCUACUCGACGAGCUUGAGAAGGCGCACAAGGACGUCGCAAUGAUCCUCCUUCAGAUCCUCGACGAGGGCAGCAUUACCGACAGCCAGGGCCGCAAGGUCGACUUCAAGAACACCAUCAUCUGCCUGACGUCGAACCUCGGCAGCGACAUCCUCGCGCACAAGACGGCGUCGGACGAGCAGGGUGUGGUCACCGCGGCCGCGCGCGACGAGGUGCUCGAGCGCACAAGCGAGUAUUUCCCGCCGGAGCUGCUCAACCGUCUUGACGCGAUGCUGGUGUUCAACAAGCUGUCGAGGGAGAGCGUAUUGCAGGUUGUCGAUCUGCGUUUGAAGGAUGUGUCCGAGCGGUUGGCGCAUAGGCGCAUUCGCAUCGACGUCGACCAGGGCGCCCGGGACUGGCUAGCAAGCAAGGGGUACUCGGACGUGUACGGUGCGCGUGCGAUUGCGCGUGUCGUGCGCACGGAGGUGCUCUUCCCGCUCGCGCAGAAGCUGCUGCGCGGGACCAUUAGGGACGGCGACGAGGUGAAGAUUCGGGUGAGCGAAGAUGGUGAAACCCUGGACAUCCAGGACAACCACGAAGCCGACCCGACUGCGGCUAACAGGAACGCUUCGGAGGAGACGAAGGCAAUGAACGAGGCAUGA